GUAGUGCUGAACAAAAAGAGUUCUUAGAAUUAGAGAGAAUGGAAGAAGAAGAAGAAGGCAGCAAAUCAGUCGAAUCGGCCGAUGGCCUGAUGACGACGAUAUCUCGUCAUUAUUUUGGAGACGAACCAUCCUAUUCUAUCGCCAUAAUCGAGAACAUCAAGGAAGACUAUGGCCAAUUCGUGUGGCCGUGUUGUGUAGUCCUAGCCGAGUACGUUUGGCAACAAAGACUCCGAUUUUCUGGAGCUUCUGUAGUUGAGCUGGGAGCUGGGACUUCGUUGCCAGGCUUGGUGGCAGCCAAAGUUGGUGCAAAUGUCACUCUCACUGAUCAUGCCAAUGGAUUAGAGGUGCUGGACAACAUGAGAAGAAUGUGUCACUUGAAUGAGCUUAACUGUAAUAUAUUGGGAUUGACGUGGGGGGUUUGGGAUGCAUCUAUAUUUAGCUUGUCUCCAUCAAUUAUUCUUGGUGCUGAUGUAUUAUAUGACACCGGCGCCUUCGAUGAUCUCUUUGCAACUGUCACUUUUUUGCUCCAAAGCUCUCCUGGGGCUGUAUUCAUAACAACAUAUCAUAAUAGAAGUGGGCAUCAUCUUAUUGAGUUCUUGAUGGUGAAGUGGGGAUUGAAGUGCGUCAAGCUUCUAGACAGCUUUUCAUUCAUGCCAUCUCAGAAGGUGUCUGGGCUUAGUGGCAACCUUCAAUUGGCAGAGAUUGUUCUAAAUACUGAAGUGAGUGAGCUUAAAGUUUAGUCACUUAAGAUCUUUGUUUCAUAUUUAUAUUUCAUAUGGAUGGCUCUCCUAAUGGUAGAUGGAAAUGUUGUUAGUUCAUCCACACUUGUAUAAUAAUAUUGACAUCUCCUGCUCAUUUUACUUGUUAACAACAGUAUUUCUUUAUAUUAAACUAGCUAAUGAAAGAAAGCUGUAAAUUCUUUUAAUUCUUGCUGCAA